AUGGGUUGUUGUACUAUUAAAAAAGUUCAUAGUAAGAAUAAAGAAAAAGUUUUUUGUGAACCUAAUAUUUAAGAGAGUCAAAACCUUCAAUAACCUUUGGACUAAAAUCUCUAACCAAAAUAUCAAGAAUAAACCAUGGAAAAAGUAACUUCUGAGAUUUAGAUGGUUUAAAAAAAUAAUAUGAACCAUCUCAUCACUCUCAAAGAGAAUCAAUAUACUGUUUACAAUAAAGAUGAUCUUAAUGCUGUUGAUGAUCAAUUUUUUUAAGAUAAACAUUAAUAAAAACCUUAAGAAGUUGAAAAAGCAAAUUCUGAUGAUGAUUAUUGA